UGGACUAGCGCUCCAUGGCUCUGCGCGUCGAUCCCAGCUGCGCGCACCAGCUACCGCGUCAAACGAAAUUUCUCAGAAGGUAAUGAACACAGCGUCAAGGAAGACCAAGUCCUUGGCUUGGAAAUAAAGUUGAUGAGACUUUGAGAGAGACAUGACUGGCUUGGAAACAAAGUUGAUGAGACUUUGAGAAAGACAUGAUUGGCUUGGAAAUAAAGUUGAUGAGAGAGAGAGAGAGAGAGAGAGACAUGAUUGGCAUGGAAACAAAGUUGAUAAAACUUUGAGAGAGACAUGAUUGGCUUGGAAAUAAAGUUGAUGAGACUUUGAGAGAGACCUGAUGAUGGAUGAGUUUGUGAAUGAUUCAGCGCCCCAUGACACAAACAACUCAUAACCUGCUAAUGCUAAUCCAGCACGCCAGUGCGCGCUGGUGUUGUUUCGGACAUAGUCCAACCACUUGUAACUCAGCUCUCAACCAUCCACGCAACAACCACCAUGGCUGAAGCAGUUGUAGGGUUGCUGAUUGGCAAGCUCGGUGCAGCUUUGGUGAAAGAGGCAGCAAGUUCUGGUGCAUCACUGAUCUGCCACGAAGCCUCUGCCCUCAAGGGUCUCUUUGGUGAGAUCCAUGAAGCCAAGGAUGAGCUUGAGAGUAUGCAGGCUUACUUGAAAACAGCAGAGCGGUUCAAGGACACUGAUGAGACCACCGGCCUCUUCGUCGACAGAAUCAGGGGCUUCGCUUUUGAGAUCGAGGAUGUUGUUGAUGAGUUCACCUACAAGCUGGAGGACAAGCACGGAGGGUUUGUUUCCAAGAUGAAGAAGAGGAUCAAGUAUGCCAGUACCUGGCGCCGGCUUGCGCACAAGCUGAAUGAUAUCAAGGGCAGGCUUCAAGGGGCUAAGCAGCGGAACCAGGACUACACCAUGAAACAAACGGAUAGAAAUGCUGGAGGCAUUGCUUUUCAUGCCAAUCAAGCUUUGAAUUUCACAAGGGAUGAGGACCUUGUGGGGAUUACCGAGCACAAGAAGCAACUGGUUCAAUGGCUAGCAGGUGAUUUAGAACAGAGAUGCAAAAUAUUCGCUGUUUGGGGCAUGCCUGGUGUGGGGAAAACAACUUUGGUUGCUCAUGUGUACAAGACCAUCAAAAUGGACUUUGAUGCUGCUGCAUGGGUAACCGUGUCACAGAGUUAUGAUGUUCAAGAGGUGUUGAAGAAAAUUGCUGGAGAGUUUGGCAUCACAGCUGAUGGUGCCAACAUGGAAAUGGAAAGACUAGCUCCGACCAUCUAUGAGUACCUAAAAGGUAAAAGGUACAUCUUAGUUCUGGAUGACAUUUGGACUGCAGAUGUCUGGUCAGAGAUAAGGACUGUUUUCCCAUCUAAUUGUAUUGGUCGAUUUGUUAUCACAUCAAGAAAGCAUGAAGUAUCAUUAUUAGGAACCAGUAAUUCAGCUAUUCACUUGGAACCACUUGGCAAAGAUGACUCUUGGGAGUUAUUCUGCAAAUCAGCCUUUUGGAACGAUGGUGACAGAAAGUGCCCAUUGCACUUGAAGGUUUUGGCUUUGAAAUUUGUCGACAAGUGUGAAGGGUUGCCUAUUGCUAUUGCAUGCAUCGGCAGCCAACUAUCUGCGAAAGGACAAACUUCUGCCGAAUGGGAAAAAGCAUAUGAUGAGUUAGAGCUGCAGUUGGUUAAAAAUGUGAUGCCUCGUGUUGAGACUAUUCUUAAAGUCAGCUUGGAGGACCUUCCAUGUGAUUUGAAAAAUUGUUUCUUACACUGUGCAUUAUUCCCAGAAGAUUAUCCCAUCAAGAGGAGGACAGUAAUGAGGCACUGGAUUAGUAGUGGGUUCAUCAAGAAGAAGGGGAACCAAACUUUGGAGGAAGUGGCGGAGGAGUACUUGACUGAGCUUGUGAACCGAAGCCUAUUACAGGUAGUGAAGAGGAAUUAUACUGGGCGGUUGAAAUGUUGUCAAAUGCAUGAUGUAAUACGGCUUGUUGCGCUCAAAAAAGCAGAGAAAGAAUGCUUUGGUAAAGUGUAUGAUGGCUCUGGGGAAUUUUCUGGAGGGCCCACACGUCGUAUAUCAAUCCAGAGUAGAAACCUUGACCGAAUUAGUCCAUCAAAUGCAUCACAUAUCCGUUCACUUCAUGUUUUUGAGAGGUAUAUCGAUAUUGAUUUGCUGAGGCCCAUCCUAACAUCUUCGAAUUUGCUGUCAACGUUGGAUCUGAAAGGUGCUUGUAUCAAGAUGUUGCCUACUGAGGUAUUCAACUUGUUUCAUCUGCGGUAUUUGGGCCUUAGAUCUACUGCUAUUGAAAGUCUACCUGAAACAAUAGGAAGGUUGCAAAACUUGGAAGUGUUGGAUGCUUGUAAUGCUCCGUUGUUGUAUUUGCCAAAUAACAUUGUAAAACUUCAGAAGUUGAGAUACCUUUAUGCAUGUAAUGUUUAUCGUGAAGGUGAAGAUAUUCGCCGUCGCAGUGGUGUAAAGGUGCCUAGUGGCAUAAGGCACUUGAUGUCACUGCAAGCUUUGCAAUGUGUGGAGGCAAGUCCAGAAAUUCUGCGUGAGGUUGGAUAUUUGACAGAGCUAAGAACAUUCAGUGUCUGCAAUGUGAGAAGUGAACACUCUGGUAACUUAAGAGAUGCUGUCAACAAAAUGAGUCAUCUUGUUCAUCUAGAAAUUAUAACUCUAGGGGAGAAGGAAGUGCUGCAUCUAGAGGGACUUUGUUUACCUCCAACCUUUUCUUGGCUUUGUUUACAAGGACAGCUGGAGAGAAAAUCAAUACCGAAGGUUCUGUCAUCUUGGUCUCGCCUCAGUAGUCUCACAAAGUUGGAGAUGGAAUUCUGCAGAAUUGAUGAGGAGUCGUUUCCCAGUUUGUUGGUGCUACGUGGUUUAUGUCUCCUUAGCCUUACCAAGGCUUUUGAUGGGAAGAAGCUGCACUUCACUGCAGGGUGUUUCCCAAGACUUCAAGUUCUAUAUAUAUGGCACGCACCACAGCUCAAUCAAGUUCAAAUAGAACAGGGUGCGAUGUCAAACCUUGCUGAGCUCAACUUUGGUGACUGUCCUAUGUUGAAGUAUCUUCCUCAAGGUAUUGAACACCUUAAAAACCUUGUGCAGUUAUUACUGAAGGAUACAUCAGAAGAGCUCGUAGAGAGGCUUUGGCGGAAGGGAGGACCAGAUGAAUGCAAGGACGAUAGUAUGGACAUUAGCCACAUCAGAAAGGUUUUUGUUCUUAUGGGCACCCGGGGAUGGAUAAUGUGAUCGAAAGACUACCUGCUGCUAAGGCCGUAUGACUGUCAGAAGCUGCACUGCCUUGCAGCAAUUCCACUCCCGGACUUCCAUACUCCAGAUUGUCUUCUCGUUAGCUGCAUACCAGAGUUCGGAAGUCCCAAGCAAGAUAAAUUUCUCGGAAUGCCAGCUGCUGCCUGUCAGCAUGAAGGAAAUCCUGUCGUCUCUACACAGUUGCUUCCAGUAUGCGGCCUCCGGGACCUUCUACAGUAAUUAAUUUGCUUAGAAAUUACUUGGAACUUAAUCCUGUCGUCUCUACACAGUUGAUUCGUGCGUGUAAUUACCUGCGGUAAUUAAAUAAGCUCGUAAGGAGUGAUUUAAUUUGCGUGUGUGUUUUAUUUUGGAGAAAAUAAUGUUUCGUCCGCUUC